AUGGCAGCUAUCCAGCUCAACUUUUCGCUCCGUACGUCGAGCGGCUGCAAGACGGUGCACCUACUAGGAUCGUGGGAUAACUACGCGGGACAGCUUCCGCUCUCCAAGGACCCAAAGAAGAGCGGUGGCUGGUUGGGAUGCUUCAAAUUCCAGGGAGCGACUCUGAAGCAGGGCCAGCGGUAUUGGUACUACUAUAUCAUCGACGGCUACCACGUCUCGCACGACCCAGCCAAAGACCACACCACAGAGCCCACCACUGGCCGCAAGCUCAACAUCCUCGACAUCCCCAGCAAGACGUCCAAAUCUUCAUCAACAUCGCACCACACAUCUUCCCGCUCCUCUGGUACAAGUCGCGAACAGCGCCGCGUAAGCUCCCAGUCCAUCCCCAAGGGUCGCUCCAUUUCGCCAUCCAAGAUCGUCGCGCCCAAGCCGAACCGCCCGUAUCAAACCCGCGAAGUCAUCCAAACACAGUACGACAAGGCGACGCUCGACGCGUUGUCCUCCCGCUUCGCACGUCACACUAUAAGCCCUGCUUCCUCAGCCACCUCAAUUUCGGAAGACGACGAAUCGGAGUUCGACUCUGAUGACUCCGGCUCGGACGUGCCGUCUCUCACCUCGCGGUCCACCAACUCGUCGUCUCCAUCAAGUGUCUCCUCGGGAAGUAGCUGUUGCACGUGCGAGCGGUACGGCAUCACGCGCUCGGGAGAUAGAGUCAAGCUCGACUGCGGUGGUUCCCGCUGCGGAUACAGCGACGAUAGCUCUGAGUGUUCAUCGGAAGAUGAGCACAUGUACGAGCAGAAGACUACCCGGAGGCAGGGUGUCGUAAUCCGAUCUUGA